UACUUAUCUGAAUCUGAGCAAGUGCCCGAAUAUUAGAACUCUUCCAGAGAUGCCAAGCAAGAUGAAAUACUUGGGUUUCAGUGGAACUGCAGCUGAAGAAUUGCCUUCAUCAAUUUGGUCUCUCAAAAAACUUGCUAAACUGAAUCUCUCUAGCCGUGCAAGCAUUGAGCAUAUUCGCAGAAGCCCUAGGAAGCUCAAAUGCCUCAAACUCCUUCAGUGUAUUGGCCAGAUCAUUUCAGUUGUACUGCAAGAUAGCGAACAGCCUGUGAGGCUCCCAGCCAGCAUCUAUGAGUUAAAAUCUCUGAAGGAACUUGAUCUCUCUGGACCCUUUAGAAUCAAAAAGUUCCCGGACAUCUUGGAGGAAAUGGGAUUUCUUGAGUUCCUUCGUUUACAUGAUAAAGAUAUUGUAGAGGUACCCUCGUCAAUUAAAAAUUUUGUUGGGCUUAAAGCACUAGAGAUAUCUUCAUGUGCAAGCCUUGAGUUUGUCCCCAACAGCGUCUACAAUUUGAACGUUCUUGAGCAUUUCGCAGUUACAGGCUGCUUGAAACUGAAAAGAUUGCCUCCUGUGUCAGUGAUUUUGUGCCCUUUGAUAUCUGUAGACCUCAGUGAUUGUCAAUUGUUAGAAGAAAUCCCUGAUGGCCUCACCAGCUUAACCUCAUUGCAAAGGCUAAAUCUAAGUGGAACCAUGAUUCAGACGAUCAAUCCAACAAUCAAGCAAGCGUCUGGGCUCAAGUAUCUGAACAUUAGUAACUGCAAGCGCCUUCAGUCUUUGCCACAGCUCCCAUGUCUUCCAACUUUGGUGGCAAAUGCCUGCCUGACACUGAAGACGGUGUCAUAUCCAAUGGCUGCACAUACACAAUAUUUGAAUCAGAGGCAUUCAUUUUGUGGUUCUAUAAAUCUAGAUGAGAAUACAAGAAGCAACAUGAUGGAUGAUGCACGGCUCAGAAUUGCACGAAUGGCAAAUGAUCAUCUGUACUCUGGUAUCGUUACUCUAAUAUGUCCGGGAACUGAGAUUCCAAAGUGGUUCAGCUGUGAAAAGGAGGGAUCUUCCUUAAAAACCAAGCUUCCUCAGCAUUGGUUUGAUGAAAGCUUCUUGGGAUUUUCUCUGUCGGCUGUUUUGCCAUUCUAUACAGCACGUUCUGUCAGAAUUCAAUGCGAGUGCAAUCUCACAACCAAUAGCAAGCCACUCCAUCAACUUACUCUAUUUCAUAAUCAUUCCCAUAAAGCCAGGCUUGAUGAUGAACGUUCAGAUCACCUAUUAGUGGUGUACAAAUCCCUUUCACUUCCAGAUAUAGUGAAAUUGGCCACCGAAGUUUCUUUUGAGUUUUCUGCUAAACUUGAUGGCCAGUUCAUUGAGGUGAAAAGGUGUGGUGUGUGCUUUUUGUAUGCCCAAGGCCAGGAUCAUGAUUUACUGAAAUUUGAAGUCAUUGAUACAGAACAAGCUACCAGUGGAAUUGGAACUUCCGGUGAGCCUGAAUCUAGUGAAAGUGAAACUUCAAGUGAGUCUGAAUUCAGUGAAAAUGAAAAUUCUAGUGAGUAUGAAUCUAGUGAAAGUGAAACUUCUAGUGAGUAUGAAUACAGUGAAAGUGAACUUCCUAAUUAGAGAGCUUUCUUUCAAUGAUGUUCGUUAUUUCACAAAGGUAUAAUGGAAUGUAAAAAUUAUAACAACUACAUUUCUACAUUCAGUAAUAUAACAAUAAUUGUUCUGUUUUGCACUUC